AUGAUAUUUAUCGCGUCGUUUUUUUGCCAUUUGCAAUUGUAAUGGUCCGAUUUUUGGAGAAGCGGCAGCACAUAGUUGGAUAUUUUCAUUCGGUGCUAAAAAAACUAUGACAAUCACGAAAUUUUACCUGACCGCAGUGUUCGAUUCGAAGGAUGUGCCUCAAAUUUGCGCUAUCGUGCUCGGCUGCAUACCAAGCUUCAUCACAGGCCUGAUAAUAGCCUGGCCAUCGCCGUCGGUCGUACAGAUACUCAAAUCCCCGGAGAUAUACGACAUAACCGCGCACGAAGCGUCCUACUUCAGCAUCCUGAACGCCAUAGGCCCCGUCCUCUUCUCCGUGCUGGUCUCCAGGCUCUGCGACCGCUUGGGCAGAAAGCGAACGCUGAUGAUAUCGGCGCCGCCCCAUCUGAUCUGCUGGUUCCUGAAGGCCUUCUGCGCGGACGUGAAGUGGCUGUACGCGGCCCGGAUCGUCGGCGGCAUCGGCGAUAGCUUCAUGUACAACUCCCUGCCGAUGUAUAUAGGCGAAAUAUCGACGCCGAGAGUGCGAGGCGUGUGGGGCAACGGGUUGAUAUGCAGCUUGUACUUCGGAUUGUUCAGCAUCAGUUUGAUCGGAUCCUAUUGCAGCGUGAGGACUACAGCGUUGAUUUGCGCUGUGUUCCCCGCCCUGUUCCUCGUCUCUUUCGCAUUCAUGCCGGAAUCGCCGUACUUCUACGCCAUGCACGAACGAGACGAAGACACCAUUGAUUCGUUGAAGAGGCUCCGAGGUACUGAGGACGUUACCGAGGAGUUCAAGCGAUUGAAGUUCGACGUGAAGAGGCAGAUGUCCGAGCCGGGCACGUGGCGGGACGUUUUCACCAUAGAAAGCAACAAGAAGGCUAUAGUGGCGGGCGUGUUUCUGAGGGUGUCUCAGAACUUUUGCGGGCUGUUGGCUUUUCCCGUGUACGCUCAGUACAUAUUCGAGCGGGCCGGCGACAGUUUCGUGGAUCCGAAGAUAUCGUCGAUAAUUUACACGGGGUUGUCGGUGGUGUGCUACGUAACGGCGGCCAAUUUCUCGGAUAAGUUGGGCAGGCGAAACUCGUACAUCAUCUCGAUGUGCCUCACGUGCAUCCCGCUGUCGAUGGAGGGGCUGUAUUUUCUAGUCAAAGAACAGUUUCCGCAGAUCGAUCUGGCGAGCGUGCAGUUCCUGCCGCUGGCGGCGAUGAUCAUACUGAUCGUGAUAGCGUCGUUGGGCGUCGGGCUCGUGCCGACGCUGAUGCUGGGCGAAUUGUUCUCGGCCAGCGUCAAAGUCAAAUGCCUCAGCAUCGUCACGACGUUUUUCUCGCUGUCGUAUUUCAUGGCGAACAAUCUGUUCUACUACGCCAGCCAUUUCGUCGGCCUGUACGCGCCGUUUUUUAUUUUCGCGGUGUCCAACAUAUUCUCGGCGAUAAUGGCGGCGCGGAUCAUACCGGAAACCAAAGGGAAGACGCUGGAGGAGAUCCAGCAGCAGCUCAAAACGCAGAAAAACAUGAAUUGUAACGCAUAAAAUUGUUAUUUUAAAUUACGCGGACCGUAGAAUUGAAUAUUGCGGUUUGUUCCCUACGAGUUGCCGGAACAAAAGUUAAUAAAUUUCGCAUUAAACACGUUGAUUGCCAUUGCAUUAGCUUACUCAUCGUAUUACGUAAUUUUGUAACACUUGUAUCGAUUCUUGAACACCUAAGGCACAUCUUCCAAUAACUACAUGGACUUUUCACACCUAUCUACCUAAUCUUACACAUCUCCAGCCAGAUUCUGGAGAAAAUAUUGUGGAAAGAAUGGAGUUCGGUUUGUUGAACUGCUUUAUCUGAGUGAAAAAAAUCUCAUUCAACAGCAGACCAUUUUUUGCAUAGGAAAAGUUCAUAUAAACCAUGUUUAACAAUUCAUUCAUAUCUCUAGUCAACAACGAAAUUUAACUCUAUUUGCUAGAGUACAAAUACUCUCUUUUAGAACUAAAGGAACAAACGUAUUCAUAUUUUUUAAGUAAUACACUUAUAGUUCACCUUGGUUAAUUUAGGAAAAAACAAACAAUUAUUGUUUUUUUAACCAUCUAAUUAGAUACUACGACCUAAAAAUACGAAUUUAAUUACUACAGAGUUCCAUUGACGAGCAGAUAACGAAACUUCUAAAUGGCAUGAUGAGUAGGUAAUAAUGUUAGGAAAUCAAAAAAUAUCAAUGUUUAAAACCAGUGAAGGUAAAAUUGUAAAUAAAAUUCUGCCUCAAUUCUGGACCAUAAAAGAUCUGUAAUCUAAAAUUAUUAAUAAACUUUAUUAACAUUGUAUGACAUAAAAAUGUACGAUUCUUUGAAAUGUUGCUACUUACAAUAAAUGUUUAUUUCGUAAUAUUAAUAAAAG